UGGAGACUUGGGAGUUACGCCGCCGCCGCCGCCGCUACUACGUCCCGAGGUGGGAGCAUGUCGGUGGCGGGCCUGAAGAAGCAGUUCCAUAAAGCUAGUCAGCUUUUCAGCGAGAAGAUCAGUGGAGCAGAAGGGACAAAACUUGAUGGAGACUUUCAAGAGAUGGAGAAGAAAAUCGAUGUCACUGGCAAGGCGGUGGCAGAACUCUUAUCCAAAGCUACAGAAUAUCUCCAACCUAACCCAGCCUACAGAGCUAAACUAGGAAUGCUGAACACGGUCUCCAAGAUCCGAGGGCAAGUCAAGGACACAGGAUACCCACAGACCGAAGGAUUACUUGGGGACUGUAUGCUCCGAUACGGGGGAGAACUGGGAGAGGACUCCACCUUCGGUGCUGCGCUGAUCGAUGUGGGAGAAAGCAUGAAGCAGAUGGCAGAAGUGAAAGAUUCCCUAGAUAUCACCAUCAAGCAGAAUUUUAUUGACCCUCUACAGCUACUGCAAGAAAAGGAUUUAAAAGAGAUUGGA